CGGAAGUUCCUGCAGAGGGAGCAUCGAGGCCAAGCCGUUGCUCCUGGGAGCCAGCAGGGUCGCCCAGAAUGACCACUGGCAGGAGCGAGAGGGCUGACCCACUUGCUCCCAUCAGUUUCUGAAGCAGGGUGACUGUGUUUGACAGACGGAUAGCCAGGCUGGCCACCACUUUAGCUCCAAAGUCCAGAGGAACAGAGAGUUAGGUCCAGAGACAUGGACACAUCGCCAGAGACGUGGUGCAUUGUCUUGUUUUCUCUUUUGGCAUGGGUUUAUGCUGAGCCGACCAUGUAUGGGGAGAUCCUGUCCCCUAACUAUCCUCAGGCAUACCCCAAUGAGAUAGAGAAAUCUUGGGAUAUAGAAGUUCCUGAAGGGUAUGGAAUUCACCUCUACUUCACUCAUCUGGACAUAGAACUGUCAGAGGACUGCGCAUAUGACUCAGUGCAGAUAAUGUCAGGGGGCACUGAAGAAGGGAAACUCUGUGGAAAGAGGACCAGCAAGAAUCCCAACUCCCCAAUUGUGGAAGAGUUCCAAAUCCCAUACAAUAAACUCCAGGUGAUCUUUAAGUCAGACUUUUCCAACGAGGAACGAUUUACUGGGUUUGCUGCAUAUUAUGUUGCCAUAGAUGUAAAUGAGUGCACAGAUUUUGCAGAUGUCCCUUGUAGCCACUUCUGCAACAACUUCAUUGGUGGUUACUUCUGUUCCUGUCCUCCAGAAUACUUUCUCCAUGAUGAUAUGAGGAAUUGUGGAGUCAACUGCAGUGGGGAUGUGUUUACUACAUUGACUGGGGAGAUUGCAAGUCCCAAUUAUCCCAAUCCAUAUCCAGAGAACUCAAGGUGUGAAUAUCAGAUCCAGUUGGAAGAAGGGUUCCAAGUGGUGGUCACUAUGCGAAGAGAAGAUUUUGAUGUGGAACCAGCUGACUCAAAGGGGAACUGCCAUGACAGUUUAGUUUUUGUUGCAAGAAACCAACAAUUUGGUCCUUACUGUGGUAAUGGAUUCCCUGGGCCCCUGACUAUUGAAACCAAGAGUAACACUCUUGAUAUUAUCUUUCAAACUGAUCUAACAGGGCAAAAAAAAGGCUGGAAAUUUCGUUACCAUGGAGAUCCAAACCCCUGUCCGAAAGAAGUCUCUGCCAAUUCUUUUUGGGAGCCUGAAAAGGCAAAAUAUGUGUUUAAAGAUAUGGUGAAGAUAACCUGUAAAGAAGGGUUCGAAGUUGUAGAGGGAAGUGUUGGCUCAACAUCUUUCGAUUCGACUUGUCAAAGCAAUGGAAAGUGGAGUAAUUCCAAACUGAAAUGUCAACCUGUGGACUGUGGCAUUCCUGAACCCAUUCAGAAUGGUAAAUUUGAAGUUCCAGAAAAUACUUUAUAUGGUUCUGUCAUUCGCUACACUUGUGAGGAGCCAUAUUACUACAUGGAACAUGAAGAAGGAGGGGAGUAUCGCUGUGCUGUUAACGGGAGCUGGGUGAAUGAAGUGCUGGGCACUGAGUUGCCCAAAUGUAUUCCAGUUUGUGGAGUCCCCAGUGAGCCCUUUACAAUGCAACAGAGGAUAUUUGGAGGAUCCCGUGCAGAUAUCAAAAAUUUCCCCUGGCAAGUCUUCUUUAAGCACCCGUGGGCUGGUGGGGCUCUCAUUGAUGAGUACUGGGUACUGACGGCUGCCCACGUUGUGGAGGAAAAUCCAGACCCAGCUAUGUAUGUCGGAUCCACAACUGUGAGAACCUCAGGUUUGGAUAGCACCCAGAUGCUUACCGCUGAACGUGUGAUUAUUCAUCCGCGUUGGCAAUCAGUGGAUGACUCCAGUUCACGAACGAAUUUUGACAAUGACAUCGCGCUGGUGCAGCUGAGGGACCCUGUGAAAAUGGGACCAAAUGUCUCCCCCAUCUGCCUGCCAGGCACCUCCUCAGAAUACAACCUCUUGCCAGGAAACCUGGGAAUGAUCUCAGGCUGGGGUCGAACUGAGAAAAGAGAUCAUGUUCUCUAUCUCAGAGGGGCAAAGUUACCUGUAGCUCCCUUAGAAAAGUGCCGAGAAGUGAAAGGGGGAAAUUCCAAAAUGAAUGCAGCUGCGUAUGUUUUCACUAACAACAUGAUCUGUGCUGGAGGAGAGAAGGGUGUUGACAGCUGUCAAGGGGACAGUGGUGGGGCUUUUGCUGUACAGGACCCCAAUGAAGAUACCCCCAAAUUCUAUGUAGCUGGCCUGGUGUCCUGGGGACCCAAGUGUGGGACCUAUGGAAUCUACACAAAGGUUAAGAACUAUCUUGACUGGAUAAAGAAAAUCAUGCAGGAAAAUAAGCCCAUUUCUAAGGACUAAUCCAUUCAUAUACUACUAGCUUCUCCAAUAGGUAUGAUCAACCCAUUGCUUUCAGUUCAUCACAAUAUUAUCAUUAUUUUACCAUGACUGAGAGAAGACAAGGUAGUAUCAUUGAGCUAGAACUUGAUUGUCAAGGUACCUGGCUGGAUGUAGAGUUUGAUCAUAGAACUGUGUUGGUUAUCCCCUUGUGGUCUGAAAACCUGUUAUAGAUCAAAUAUGAAGGAGUACACCUGUCUUGCACUCUUCAGCAGGAAUCUCUUAAUUUUUUUGGUUCUUCUUUACCAGUUUGAAUUUGCAUUUGCUUUAUCAUUCUCAGUACCCAUUAUCUACUUACA